CGAAUGUGGAUUGGUCACACUCAAGUAAAGCUGCAAAAUGAAAGCUGGCGAAAUUGUUUAGAUGUGCUUGGUUGUGGCAUUACAGCCAGAAAUAUACGAUGCUCGAUAUUUUUGGGAAGUUUGGCUACUACCCAAAAUAUCCAGGUCCUUCAAAAAUGACACCUGGUCGAUAGUUCAAGGAACGACUGAGACAAUUUGCUAAGACCUGGAUUGAUUGUACGGAGUGAGAGAAAGAGACAGACUUUUCAGCCAGACGCUAUCAAGGCAUGCUUCUCGUGUGCAACUCGGGCUUUAGCAGAUCACCAUGAAAAAAAUAUUUGGCUUUGUGAAGAAAAAGAAAGGUCCAUCUUCUAAUGCUUCAGACUCUGGCAGUGUUUUGUCAGUGGGUUACGAUCUGAAGGAAAAAGAUUUGGGAAAACUGCACAAAGCAGCCGUUGGAGGAGAUCUGGCAAAGCUGAAACAGCUGAUAAAGAAAAAUGACAUCAAUCAGCUGGAUAAAGAAAACCGAACUCCGUUACAUCUUGCAUGUGCUCAAGGACAUGCUGAAGUUGUCCGUUUAUUGUUGGAUAACAAGGCAAAGCUUAACCUAUGUGAUAAUGAUUAUCGUACACCAUUAAUGAAGGCUGUCCAGUGCCAACAGGAACGAUGUGCAGUUUAUCUUUUGGAGGUGAAUGCAGACCCCAAUCUUGUAGAUACUGAUGGAAACACUGCACUCCACUUAGCUGCCAUGAUUCCUGACCUGUCUCUGGCAACACAUUUGCUGGAACAUGAUGCACAUGUUAAUGCUUCAAACAAGGAAGGCUUCACUCCCCUAAUUUUAGCUGUUGCAAAAAAUCACCAAGAGAUGGCAGAGUUUUUAUUGAAAGAAGGUGCCAAUGUAGACUCAACAGACAGUUUAAAAAGGACAGCUUUAAUGUUUGCUGCUAAUAAUGGUCAGAUAAAUAUGGUUCGUUUACUGCUUCGGUAUAAUGCUGAUAUAUCUAUAAAAGAAGAUAAAGGAUGGACUGCUGAAGAUUAUGCAGUUAUGAAUGGACAUCAUGCAUGCUCACAUUUAAUAAUUGAGCAUGGUACCAGUAAAAGAUCACAGCAACCAGUCUCUUAUGGUGACAGCAUCAAAGGAAAAGGUGCAUCCUUCUUCUCUAGCCCAAUUCGAAGCCCAGAGUCAGGUUUCACUUUGGGAGAACCAGCUACAGAUAAAGACGAAAUGCAGCAAGCUCCAGAGCAGGCAGCAGAAGCAGGUGAUUCAGGGAAAGGUGCAGAUGAUGAUUCCCAAGCUGAAUCUAUUAGUCGGGCAUCCAAUAGAGCUGGAGACUCUUGGGCUUCAUCUGAUGAAGAUGAGGACUUUGACUUUAGCCCCAAGAAACCACAGAGGCCAAACUUGACUAAACUAAUGAAUUCAUCACAAAAAGACAAGAAAAAUGUUUUUGAAAAUGCUGUUACUAGAAAUCCCCGACCUAUAGAGCAACCAGAACCCAAUGAAUGCACUGAGGAAUUUGAGAAUUUCAAGGAGAGCAAUUCUGAAUUUGAAGAAUGUGAAAGUGAGAAAUUAGAUGGUCCAGAUAGUGAAGAGUCUGAAGAUCAGGAUGGGGAAGAUGAUGUAGUUGAAGGGGAUGAAGAAUUUAAUGAGCAAUCUGAAAAUGAAAAAGACGAUUUUAAUAAUGAAGAAAAAGAGGCCACAGUAGUGGAUGAGGAGGAGGAGGAUGAUGAGGAGGAGGAUGAUGAUAAAGAUAAAGUUUUAAAAGACGUUUCUGUAUCUCCUUCUUCACCAUCUCCAAAAGAUGCUCAACUACAAGGCAGGACAAGAGAAGAUAGUAAAAGAGAUUUUUUGUCUGAAUUGGGUCUGGAAGUACCAGAACAUGAAGAUGAUGAUGACGAUGAUUCUCCAUGGGACUCUGAAUCUGCUUCAGAUAGUCCAAGAAAAAUCCCAACUGUAGCUAAGUCACAAGCAGUGAUGAGCAUGAUUGCUGAGGAGUCAAAUGAAGAUAGAAGCGAAAAGCUGCGAGAAACAAAUCAGAUGUCAUCCAAAGAAGUAUCUGAUGUUCGAAGUCCACCAGUAUCAAAGGAAAUGGUAGAAAAACAGAAAAAGGAUUUAUUGUCAGGUUCAAGGCUGGAAGCAGAAGAUGAUAAUGAUUCUCCAUGGGACUCGGAGUCUGAUUUCAACAGCCCAAGAAGAUCAAAAGGAGGUCUUGUAAUACCACCUCUAACUAAACCAGAUACAAAGAAAACUAUAACUACUCAGGAGAAAAAUGAAGAUGUCUUUGAAGAACUUGGGUUAAAUGAUGCAGAUGAUAUUGAAGAUGCAUCGGAUUGGGAUUCUGUUAGUACAACAAGCAAAAAUCUAAAUGAAGUCCCAAUUCAUUCUCCUGGUCAAGAUGUGAAAACUAUCAUCUCAUUUUCUGCUGUAUCAACAAUGCACAAUGUUAAAACUCAGAGUGUAGGUGAAAAUGAAGAAUCACUUGUGGAAAAGGAAAACAACAGUGAAAAUCACCAUGGUGUAAAAGAUAACCGUAGCAGUGAUCAUCUUGAACUGGAAGAGAAGCAGGAAAAUGAUUUCUUGCAAACUGACAAGAUAGCCUUAAAAAUCUCACCUGUCAGGGGGUUUCUAAGGGCAGAACAUCUGACUCCAAAUGAGGAGGAAGAUGAAGAAGGAGGAAGUUACAUCCAAGUUACAAAUAACCGAGAUUUACCGAAUGAAAAUGAUUUGGAUAUUUUUUGGGAAGAGAGAUAUGAAAAAAUCUGGGUUGAAAAGGAAAAGAGAGAGGUGAAAUCUCAGUACAGGAAUGUGACUGCUGAACUUAAGGAAAAAUUUGGCGAGAUUGCCUUGAAACAGCCUGAGGUGUCAAUUUGUUUAUCUCCAACAAUAUCAGUGGAUGAUGAUAACCGUCAUGUUCAUAGUUUGAAAACUGAGUCUAAAGUAAAUGUUGAAAAUAUUCUAUUGUUGACAGAUACCUCAAAAAUGCAGUAUAUUCUAGAACUGAGUAAACCCAGUUUAGAGAACACAAAUAUGGGUCCAUCUCCCUCUAAGCUGGAUAAUAGCUGCAGUAACAUAGAAGAAACAAAGUUUUACAUUUUGCAGAAUUUUGGUGAAGUAUCUGACAAUUCUAAAAAGACUCAAAUGCCUAAUUUCACAACAUUUAAGAGUGAAAUACAGCCAACUUCAGUUCAAAAUGAGAUUGCAGGCUAUGAUACAGAUUUGGAUUCAAAUUCAUCUGAAGAUCUGGAAGAGAAAUUGACCAACAAGAAAAGUGGAUGUACAGAUAAUGCAAAAAACAAUAGUAGCAAGGAAAUGGAUAGCGAACAUAUGGACUGUGUGGAUGGUGCAAUAAAAAAUCCUUACCCAUUAGAUGAAGAUAAGAAAGUUGUUACCACAAUUUCACAACCUAUACAUGUUACAUCUUCUAAGUACCCCUCAGAUGAGCAGCUUAAGGAAUCUAUGGAGAAAUUUAAGAAUGAGGUGGAAAGGAAACAGAAUAAUAAACUAUCUGGUGAACAGAAAUGUAACAUUAUUAAAGACUAUUGUGAAUCAAAGACUCUCAAUGGCCAUAUUCCUAAAGGCAUUAACCUGGCCUCAGAUGAGGAAGAUAUUGAUCAUCCAGAACUGCCCAGGAAUGAGCUAAAUAAAGCUGGCAAAUUGACCCACAAGUCCCAACAGACUAACCCUAUUAAUGGAGAGCCACUAUCUGUUUUUGAUGAUAGCACAUUAAGUGAAGUGUCAGAAGAUGGAGGAAGGCCAAUCCCACGAAUUAGCAGGAAAAAUAAGAAUACUAAAACAACAGAAGUUGAAAAUGAUUUUGAUGACUUCACCCAGUCCUCUGAUACUGCUACUGAAGAGCUAGAGAUGCCUGUCUCUGGAUGUAAAAAUGCAUCUUUGAUGAUUAAGCAGCUUGAUAGCAGCUCUAUAGAUCAUGUCGCUCUGGUGAAGAUUCAAAAUAUGUUCCAUGAGUAUGAACGUACCAUAGAACGAGAAAAAGGGCGGUAUGCUUUACAGUCUGACAAAGUUAAGCAACUUGAAAAUGAAAAUAAAAUACUCCAAAGAUCAUUGGAGGAGACAAGGGACAUUAAAUCAAUGCUUGAACAUAAAAAAGUUGAAUGGGAGACUGAUCAAAAUAAUUUAAAGUUUGUUCUGAAACAGGAGCAAGAGAAGCACAAAAAUGCCCAAAUGCUCUAUGAAAAAAGCAGAGAACAGGUGAAAAAAAAAGAAGAGCAAUACUGUAAAGAAGUAGAGGGAAAACAGCAGCUUGAGCUUACCCUAAGGAAUAUGGAAAUGGAAAUGAAAGCUUUACUCAACAAAAAAAAAGAGCUUGAAGAUGAGCGAGACGAAGCUCAACGUUUAUUAUCCCAGGAACGCAGCACUCGUUCUAUGCAAGAGGGAAUACUUAAUAAUCACCUCCGAAGACAAAAAGAAAUUGAGCAAGAAAAUAAAGUCACUUUAACCAAGAGUACUGAGGUUUUUUCUCACCUAUCUGAAGUAAGUGACAAGGAGAAGGAUUUGACUCAACAGACAAGUAGGCUUCAGGAGGAAAUAGCUAUAUUGAAGUUAGAAUUGGAAAAAGAGAAAACUCACAACCAGGCUGGAGAAACCAAAUAUCUUGAUGAAAAUGAAGCUCUGAAAGAGAAAGUAGAAGACCUGAAACAAGAUUUGAAAUUAAACGAGGAAGCCCUAGCACACACGGUUUUUCAGUAUACUGGCCAGAUUAGUACACUUAAAACUGAAAAUACUUUAUUAACCACAAAACUAGAGCAUGAGAAACAAGCAAAGGACAAACUAGAGCUUGAGGUGGAGUCUCUGCAUAGUAGACUUGCUUCAGCAAUUCAGGAGCUGGAGCGCAACUACUCGGGGAAGGCAAAUGUUGAGCGGGCCCUUCAACAAGAAAAAGAUGAAAUAGUCCGCCUUCAGGAAAAGAGCAACAGUGAAAUGACCAAGCUACGGGAGUCAAUUAAUAGUUUAUCUCAGCAACUGGGCAAGGCAGAACUAAAAGCAAACUGUUUAGAAAAUGAGUGUCAUCGUGCUACCCUCUCCCUCACAGAAAAAACCCUACUCUUUGAGAGUACUCAGCGGGAAAAGGAACAAGUUCAGUCUCGUCUAAAAGAAACUGAAAACCUGUUACAAAUUGAGAAGGAACAAUUAAGCAAAUCAUUGGUUCGGCAGGAGUCUAUGCAAGAAAGGCUAGCUCAAGCACAAAGUGAAAACAUGCUACUGCGACAGCAGCUUGACGAAGCUCAGAACAAGGGACUUAUCAAAGAGAGGGUAGUGAAUGAUGUUCAGGACCGCUUCAAUGACAUUCUGACUAAACUACGUGCAGACACUGAAGACAGAGUCCAUAUGAUUGAAGAAAGGAAUAAAGAAGUUGUAACUAAAAACAAUGAAUUAAAUGAAAAAAUUCAAAGGCAUGAAAGUGAAAAGGUUGAGAGAGAGACUACAUUAAGACAACUUCAGCAGGAACUCGCUGAUGCCUUGAAAAAGCUUUCUAUGUCUGAGGCAUCACUUGAGGUCAAUAUCCGGUAUCGCAGUGACUUAGAGGAAGAAAAAAUACGACUGCAAAAAGAUAUCGAAAGACUAAAAGGAAAGUUACAGGAAAUGGAAGAUCAGUAUGUUCAUUCAGAGCGCAGAAGUCAUGACUUGAAGAAUGCACUUGAGGACAAAGAAAGAGAAGUCAUUGCAUCAUCUCAGAAACUGCAGGAGAUGAUCUCAUCCUCAUCUGGAACAUCAAAGACAUUGAAGCAGUUGGAAGAACACACUCAGAGACUUGAAAUUGAAAAUGCCAGACUGGAAGCAGCAACCAAACAACAGAAUACAAAACUAGAUGCACUUAAAACAGAAUUGCAAGAGUCCAUAUCAAUAUCAGAUGCCCAACCUGAAAUAAGGGUAAGAAAUCGUUUAGAAGAAGUAGUGACAAACUUGCAGGGAAGCAAAAUCAGUUUAGAAGAGCAACUGAAUCGAGAGGUUCAAAAACAAAAUAUGUUAUCACAUAAUGCACAAGACUCCCAUUUGUUGUGGGAGGAAGAACUUAAAUCCAGGUCCAAACUGGGCAUUCGGCUUACUCAGCUGGAAAGAGAAAAGAGUGAACUGGUGGGGCAGAUAGAGACAGAAAAGAAAAGAAUUAAAAAGAUAUCAGAGAUGAAGCGAUCUGUAGAGACAAGACUUGAUCAGGAGAUGAAGAGAAAUAGUGAACUCCAAAAGGAGCUAAACAGGAUGAGAACACUUGCCAAAACAGCUAAAAAAAAGUUAAAAGAACAGGAGAAUGGUGAAUUUGCCUCUCAGAUCAGCAGUAUCAGAGGAGAGUUAAAUUUUAGACAUCAUGAGGCAGAAUCUACAGUUGGUAGGAUGAAGUCUAAAAUAGAUGAACUUAGCCAGCAACUAGAAAAUGAAUCACUGAAGUGUAGAAAACUGGAAUCAACUAACCGUGACCUACAAGAGCAGUUCUCUUCAAUGAAAGCACUACACAAAAGCCACGAAAAGCUUGAGAAAAACAAAAGACAGCUUGAGGAAGAAGUGUUAAGCCUUCGGCAUCAUCUGGAAAUGAAUAUGACAGAUCAGAGCCAAAUGGAACACUAUAAAAGGGAGGUGGAAGAAAGAGCAAGACAGGAUAUCCGCCAGAAACUUGAAGAGGUCAAUCUGUUCCUUCAGACUCAAGCUGCCUCUCAAGAGGCAUUGGAACAAAUUAAAUCCACUAAUGAAGCAACUUUAAGAAAUCAGCUAGAACAACGAAUAAAAGAUCUUGAGAGUGAACUAAGUCGAAUAAAGAAUACACAUCAAGAGAAUAUGAAUCAACGGGACUCAACACAGACAGAACUGGAACGGUAUAAAGAACUAUAUACUGAAGAGCUCAAGUUGCGAAAGUCUUUGGCAGCUAAACUUGAUCGAUCUAAUGAAAGGCUGGCGGAAGCCAACACUAAGUUACUUAAUGAACGGCAACGAAGCAAGUCCUUAAUUGCAAGUAACUUUCUUAAUGGAAGCCUGUCUGCAAGCCCUACUCUUGAUAUGAACCAGUUGCAGGGAAGUAUGGGUAACUUUGGUGGAACCUCAUCUCCUUUGAAUCGAAGUCUGGGCCUUGGAGGAAGUUUUCUGAACCCAGUCGGAGAAGGUUUAUCACAGAACAGCAAGGUGGAGGCCUACAUUGCUAAGAUGCAGAGUGAACUAGAGAAAAGCAUUACUAAGGAAUUAGAGCAAGCCACGGCCGAGCUGAAUGGCGGUUCAAUGCGAAUGUCUCCUGUUGGAUCAGCUGCUGGAUCAAAAAGUAGCCAUUUUGAAAAGGACCCAGUAACUCGAGCAACACAGCAAUACUUGGAGGUUUUAAAGAAAAAUUAUAUGAUAUAAAGACCACAAAUGUUUGCACAGAACACUGUGCUAAUAUCAAUGUAAUGUCAGAUCAACUUAAUAGUAAUGAAUGUCAUUUUCCCCAUUAAUUUAAUCAUUUUAGUAGAACAUAACAUGUGCUCAUCGUGCAACAUUUUAUCAGGUCUAACACUUCUCCGUGGCUUCUCGCCAACAUGUCACAGAAAAAACUUGAAUAUGUGACUUUCAAAUAGUUUUAUUCAUUACAUCAUGUUUUUGUAUUUAUUUUAUCUUGUUUUAACUGAAAAGCAGGUUUUACAAAGGAAAAAUACCAAAUUGACCUGUUGAAAGGUUGGAAGUUUUAUUAUACAUGUUGUGGUUUAACGAUAACCAGAAAAUUUUAACUUUUGGUUUGAUAAAAGGGCAUUUUGUAAAUGUCCAUGGCUAUAAAAACGGUUUCUUUUUAAUAUUUUCCUUACAUGGUCUGAAUUUUUUUGAAUGUGUUUAAUCCUUUUAUUUAUCAAAUGUAUAUACUGGUACUACAAAAAUCCCAUCCUUACCAAUCAAAUAACUGUUAAAACUAAUAGUUAUAACUUCACUAAAGAUCUAAUGUAUCUGAUGAACCAUGGGAUUGUGAGCACUAAUACAGCUAUUUGCUGAAAUCAGGUAUUGUACAAAGGUGUGUUAAAUGUUUACGUCAGUGAGACAAGCUUUGUUUCAUAGCAUCAGUGAUGACCUUCAUGAAAAGCCUCCAAAGAAAAGUCGAGUAAUGUUUUGAGGUAACUAAAUAGUGAAGAACAAUCACAAAUAUGUGUCCAAAUCUUGUACAGCUCACAUGUGGCAGGGAAAUGCUGGCUAUUUGUUGUAAUACUAUCAAAAUCAAAAAAACUAUUUUUAAAUUAAGGCUAUAUCAAUGUAUUGAUAUGUAUUCAUAUUUUAUGUACAUUACCUAUGUAAUUCUAUAUUUGAUAUGUAUGCUGCUGUGUUCAGUUGUAAUGUAGUACUGUAUCCAUUUUUACAUCUUGUCUACUUUGUCAUUUGUAACUCAUUCCUGAGGUACUCACUAGUAUUACUUGGUUUCUUCUGCCUCCAACAACAGUAUUCAUUUUGUAUUGAAUAUUUUGCCAAGAAAAAUUAAAAUUUGUAUGCCAUUACAAAAUGAAAUACAAUUUUCAGUGCUUUGUCUGUUCUUAUUAGUGUAUAGUGAUCAAGAGAAACUAAGGAGAGGUGUGCGCAUUUCCAGUUUAUUUAUGUGUAGCACCAUUGGGGGCAGUUAGCCUUGGAGUACUUCACAGAUAGUCAGAAUACACAACACAGAAUGUGUCCGUAAAAAAUUACAAAAUAAGGCAGUACUGGACAACUGUAGAUGAUGUGCCAUUCCAUCAUAGGGCCAUUGGAGAGGUGUCAGUCAGUCCUGUAUGCAUGGCUUUGGGAAUGAAAACCCAUCCAGACAGAUGAUGAUGAACUGGGGCUGUGAAGCAGCAGCAUUAACCACUAUGCCAACGUGCCACCUGGAUAGCAUCUGCUAAUUUAGGUUUGUAUAUUCAUAAGAAAAAUCUUUUAAAUCUUGAUUAGAAACGGUAUUGAUGACUUCAGUUUUCCAUGUUCAUGGCUGCGAAAGUUAACUACACUGCUCACAAAAAUUAAAGGAACACUUUAAAGAAAC